AUGGAAGAUGUUUCAGUCAAUGUACCUGUUCUCGUGGUAGGCGGAGGGCCUACGGGUCUGUUCACAGCAUACAUGCUCUCCAAGCACGGCGUCAAAUCGCUCCUCAUCGAAAAGUAUCCCCAACGGCUGGCGGCGCCCAAGGCACACGCAUUAUGUCCUCGAACGCUGGAAUUUUGCAGGCAAUAUGGCCUCGACACGAAUGCGCUGCGGAAGCUCGGGAGUCCCCGAGACGAUGCGUACUGGGUUAAUUUCUUGACGAACCUGAGCGGCGAGAGGAUUGGGUAUUUACCCUAUGAGAGGAUGGAUGUUGAAGUGCUGGAAAGCACACCUGAAAUGAUUCACAACGUGCCUCAACCAGAUUUUGAGAGAUUUGUCGCUGAGAAGCUCGCAUUUGACAACAACGUAGAGCUGAGAAAAGGCGUUGCUUUUGUGUGCUGUGAGCAGCGUGGCGAUAGAGUGAUUACUACCGUUGAAGAACGGGCGACAAAAAAGCGCUGGGCCAUUGCCUCCAAUUAUGUGAUUGGCUGCGAUGGCGCCAAGAGUGAAGUGCGCAAGUCUCUCAACAUUGAGACUGAAGGUGAAGACGGAUAUGAGACCAUGAUGACGAUACAUUUCAACGCAGACCUGCGGCCCAUCGUGAAGGAAAGAGUGGGCAUGCUGCACUGGAUAGUUGAUCCCGCGUGUUCUGGUUUUAUCAUUGCAUAUGACCUCGGUGGUAAUCAGGUAUUGAUCAGCAAUUUUGACUCAAAUAAACAUCCCGCCGAGGCGUGGAGCGAAGACCUCGCGCGCGCAACAGUUACAGCUGCAAUAGGAAAGGACAUACCCUUUAAAAUACUCAGCUAUAGGCCUUGGGUGUUGAGUCGGAAAGUGGCCAAAGAGUACAGACGCGGCAACACCUUCUUACUCGGCGACGCGGCGCACUCCUUCCCGCCAACAGGCGGUCUAGGCCUCAACUCGGGCCUAGCUGAUGCGCACAAUCUGGUCUACAAGAUCGCCGCUGUGCAUCAGGGGUGGGCGAAGCCGUCCAUUCUCGACAUGUACGAGGCCGACCGACGCCAGAUCGCGCUGGUGGCCUCUUCGCAGAGCGUCAAAAACGGGAAGACCAUCUUUUCGUUUUUGAAAGCCGUGGGUACAGCCGGUAUUGACGACGUGGACGAGGCAAGAGCGAACAUGUACAAGACGAUACACGACCCUGCGAAAGAGGACUUGAUAGCGCAGAAUGUGGAAGGGCAGCGGGAACACUUUGACAACCUUGAAAUACACAUUGGAUAUGUAUAUGGCGAUAAAGAACCGCCUGCAAACGCGUCACACUACACGCCAAAAUUCAAAGUCGGAGCUCGGCUGCCUCACGCCUGGAUCAAACUCCUCAAACCAAACAACCGCAUCCCCGAUAACCCAAUCGACACAUCCUACGUCAAAGAACUCACAAAAGAUCAAGUGUCAUCUAGACAAUUCUCAACUCUCGACCUCGUAAGUCCGGGCGCCUUCAGUCUUAUAGUGGAGACCCGUUCCCUGUGGGCGCAGCGGUUCAAAGACUUUGAAGAAGCGAUGGCCAGCAAAAUAGGUCCCCGCGUCUAUCUUUGGGCCGAGGGCUCGGAUUUCAAUUUUAAUAACGAGACACAUCGCAAGUUAUUUCAUAAACAGGGGCGUCUGGCCCAGGGAGCAGCGCUCCUGGUGAGGCCGGACCAGCAUAUACUGGGCUGCCUGGGCCCUGAAGCCUCGGCGCAGGAUAUGGUUUUGACGGUCCAGGGACAUUUGGGCCUUGAAAGAGCGCAGUUAUAG